AGAUAUCCCGCCUGCACACCUCGUUUAUCGUGUCCUUGCACGUCAUUUUCCACGUCUUCUUCUUCACCAGCGCCCGGUUCGGAGGACGCCUAUCUUGAUGAAUGGAUGCGCAAGCAAAUUAAAUCUUUUGCCUUUUACGAGGAGGAGGGUUUGCAACGACGUUAUUUUUAUACUGUCGAUUUGCAGGGGCGGUUAUACUUGGAGGAAAGUCCCGUCAAGAAUAUGACAUCUUGUUUGAAGGAUGACAAGUUCCUCAAUUUCUUUUUCCGGCAAAUCCGACGGAACGACACGGGCCUUCAUCCCUCCUACCCUUUCGUCUCUCCAUGCGGCAAAGAAAUGAACUACCUCCUCCCCGCCGACAUGCCCGUCGUUUUCCACGACCUGCUCCCUGCCCUGUCGGGCAACGAGAAGUCGGGAGACAGAGGAGAUUGUUUGGUCUUCGGGGGGGGGUUGCAACAACGCUUUGACCCAAGCCGG